UACUCUUUUAUAUUAAAACAGAAAAUCCAAAACAAUCCAACCAGUUUCAACCAUCACUGGACUUGAAAGCAUCAAAUCCCUCAAAUUGGUUUACAAUGGAACUAAAAAUUAUCUGCGGUUUGUCAGUUUACUUCUUGUUGUUGUCAAUGAAACCUUCCAAAUUGGAAGCUGCAAAGUGUGAGGCACUGCCAGAUCGGUGCGGACCAGGGGAAAAAGAUGUAACUUGCACGGAGCAAGCCUGCGAUAAAAGCUACGAACUGCAAGAGCUGGACAGGUUCCAAAUACCGAUGCUAGUGAAUGCUCACAACAUUUUGAGGAAUCAUGUCUUGAAAGCGAGCCACCUUCGCAUCCCUAAACCGAUCCGAUAUCCUUCGGUGGUGUGGAAUAAAGGGCUGCAACGUUUAGCCGAGCUACAUGAGCGUAACUGCCGUGUGGCCAGAUGUGUUGCCACGAAACGCUUUCCGAAUGCGACGGUUUUGAACUACGGCGCUAAAGACAUUUAUCACCUUACAACGGCCUGUACGGAUAUAAUCGAUAGAGUUGGGCAGGAUUUUAACAAUCUAGACAUGGACCAGAUUCGAAAGUACGAUGGAAUCCGCUACAAGGAACUGAAGCAGAUAUUGUACGGUAGAACCAGGAGAAUUGGUUGUGCCUUGGUUUGGAAAAGGGUCUCUAUGGUGGCGGAGAAGGAAUACAGACUAACCUGCGUGUACGAUCAGAGGCCCAUUGAGGGACAACCGGUUUAUCUUUUCAGGGGUUUGUAAUUUCCUUCAUCAGUGUGAAACUUUAUUAAGCUGAAAAUCAGCGCUGGACAGCAAUACUUGCAUCAGUGACAUUUAAUUCAGACAUUUAAAAAUUUUGACGAAUAAAUUGAUGUCCA